CGAGUAGCAAGAUAUUGUACAAUACAAUAUCCUCGGGUAUUUUUUGGCUGAUAAAUGGCUUCGAUCAUUUCAUACAGAGACUCCGUCCGGUGAUACGGUGAGUCUCGUCGUCCCCAGCAUCUCAUUUCGAAUGCCAAUCCUCUCUUUUCCAUUUCUCGUUGUUUCUAUCCUGAACUAGAUGCCACUAAAGACUCUCUUUUGCAACCCUCCUUGAUCAAACUUCUCCAAAGAUCGACCCCGCGACGGGAUCAAGCACGCUAAGCACCAUACCAACCAGCCAACAUCCUGGCUUCAAAGCCCUCGACCUUCCUCUUGCGUCAUCGCAGGUGACCGCUAAUCUGUCUGCAUCCCUGCGUGGCUUGCUACAUGCCUCUGUGCCUGGGCGUCCUGACCUACGAGGUGCGAGCUGCAUAUUGCCGAGCUCCUUGAGCUCUCGCCGGGCAAAAUGGCUCCGUCCAUUCUUUGGUCGCUAUCCAGUCUCGUCUCUCCUGCUUUCACAAGAGCCUCAGUCUUCAUAUUCACCAUGUUGUCUCUGCUGCAGCUUGCUUGUGCCUUGGCCCUGCCACCACUCUUUAAUCAGGCUGCCGCAAAUCCCUUCCCGAGGGUUGCGCAGCAAUAUGCGCCCGACUCUUUAGGUGCCGUGGCCAGUGAAAGUAGUAUCUGCAGCAAUAUUGGUAUCGACCUUCUUCGACAAGGUGGAAAUGCUGCGGAUGCCCUCGUUGGCACAGUCUUCUGCAUAGGCGUUAUCGGCUGCUAUCAUAGUGGGAUUGGUGGCGGCGGGUUCAUGCUUGUUCGUGGCUCCAAUGGAAGCUAUGAAUUUAUUGACUUCAGGGAAACUGCUCCUGCUGCCGCUUUUGAGGACAUGUACAACAAUAAUACCAAUGCUAGCAUCUUUGGAGGGUUAGCUAGCGGAGUGCCUGGAGAAGUUAGAGGACUGGCGCACUUACACGACAACUAUGGCAAGCUUCCAUGGAAGACGGUGAUGGCAGGAGCCAUCAAGACCGCAAGAUAUGGGUGGCCGGUGACUCAAGAUCUCGUUCGCUACAUGAAGUCGGCCAAUGCAUCCGCUCUUGUACCAAACUUCUUGGUUGAUGACCCCAACUGGGCCAUUGACUUCGCACCCAAUGGGACGCUCGUGGGACUAGGUGACACCAUCACGCGCAAGAGGUACGCCGACACGUUGGAGACCAUCGCAAAUAAAGGGCCAGAUGCAUUCUACAACGGCCCGAUCGCAGAGGCGACCAUUGCCGCAUUGCAAGCACAAAACGGAACCAUGACGGUCGAAGAUUUGCAGAACUACACGGCAGCAAUCCGACCUCCGGCGAACAUCACGUAUCGCGGUUAUCGUAUGUUCAGCUGUAGUGCUCCAAGCUCAGGAGAAGUGGCGUUAUCUGUCAUGAAGACAUUGGAAGGAUAUACCGACUUUUACGCCAACGGCAUGGUUAACCUCAGCACUCAUAGGAUGGACGAAGCCAUCAGGUUUGGUUAUGGCGAGAGAACAAAUCUGGGUGACCCAUCUUUUGUGAAGAAUAUCUCGGCGUAUCAGUCGGAGAUGCUCAAUGCACGGACGGCAGCCGAAAUCAGGAGCAAGAUCUCGGACUCUCACACUCUGAAUAUCUCGGCUUAUGAUCCUUCGGGCAUUGAGUCUCUGGAGACCCCAGGGACUUCCCAUGUAGUGACCGCGGACGCUUCUGGACUUGCCAUCUCCUUGACGACCACCGUCAACUUGCUGUUUGGAUCGAAUCUCAUGGUCCCCGAAACCGGCGUCAUCAUGAACAAUGAGAUGAACGAUUUCUCCAUUCCCGGUUCGUCAAAUGCAUUCGGGUAUAUACCGAGUCCGAGCAAUUAUAUCCGCCCCGGCAAGAGACCCUUGUCAUCGAUAUCGCCGGCCAUCGUGGAGUUUCCCAACGGGACCUUGUAUUAUGUAACUGGAGCGGCGGGGGGGUCCAGAAUCAUCACGGCUACCAUCCAGAAUCUAAUCCACGUCCUCGAUCAGAACAUGACUGUUCCCGAGGCUCUCGCGCAGCCUCGACUCCAUGACCAAUUGAUCCCGAACCAAGUCAUGUUCGAGUAUGCAUACAACAAUGAGACGGUUGAUUUUAUGAAAGCACGCGGGCACAAUUGUACCUGGGUUGCACCCGGCCUAUCCACCGCCCAAGGUCUCCGGCGGCUAGGGAAUGGUACAUUCGAAGCUGCUGGAGAACCGCGCCAGAUCAACAGCGGAGGCUAUGCCAUAUAAUUGAGUUGUAUGCUGGCGAUAUUGUGGCCGAUUGGCGGCCAUGGUAGGCGAGAAUAGGCUCCAUGAUACGCAUAUACCAGUCAUAUGAUGUAUAGUCACGAGAUUUACGAUGCAAUGACAGUUUGGACGUGUAGCUCUUCUGAACGUGAGGACUACCAGUAUAAUAUGGGUUGUGG